AUGGUGGCUUUCAUAUCGAAGUUUUGGUUUAUGUUAUUUCCGGCGAAGGAAUAUAAGAUUGUGGUGGUCGGGUUGGAUAAUGCCGGCAAAACAACGAUGCUCUACAAGCUUCACCUCGGCGAGGUUGUUACCACCCAUCCUACUGUUGGUAGCAACGUUGAAGAGCUUGUUUAUAAAAACAUCCGCUUCGAGGCACUUGAUGAUAAUGUCAAGUUAAAGCUCUCUCCGUUUUGCCAUGUUCCGGCCGAAAAUACUAUCACUCUCUAUGAUGUUCUAAAUAUUUGGCACAUUCCUUUACUACUAAGAGAUCAAAAGGCACAUGAAGCAAUCUUGAAAUGA